AACUGGGUUCGUUCUUCCCCCUCCAAGAUGGAGGCGUUAGGGGGCUACCCUGCCAAGUCCUCCAACCCAAAAGCCAAAAAAUUAACUGUCCUUUUGAGUAUGACGGUCGGCGUAGGGUGUUUGUUCCUCCUGCAGACUCAGCUGGCGAAGCCCAGAAAGCCGCAGGACUUUUAUUCUUUUUCGGUCAAAGACGCAAAGGGGAGGACGGUUUCUCUGGAGAAGUACCGAGGAAAAGCGUCUUUGGUUGUAAACGUGGCGAGUCACAGCGAGCAGACGGAGCUCAACUAUCGCUCCCUGCAGGAGCUGCACCGGGAUCUGGGCACGUCGCACUUCAACGUGCUGGCCUUCCCCUGCGGACAGUUUGGGGACACAGAGACGGGGACCAGUCGGGACAUCGAGGCUUUGGCCAAGUCGACGUAUGGCGUCACCUUCCCCUUCUUCAGCAAGAUCAAAAUAAUGGGCUCGGAGGCUGACCCUGCCUUUAAAUUCAUCACAGAUUCUGUGCAGAAAAUUCCAAAGUGGAACUUCUGGAAGUUUCUGGUGAACCCAGAGGGUAAAGUGGUCCGGUUCUGGAGAGCUGAUGAACCCAUGGAGAGUGUGCGGCAAGAGGUUGCGGCAAUGGUGCGCGAGAUUAUCCUUAAAAAAAGAGUUGAGCUCUGACAGGCGUCAGUGAUGGACACUGUGCACAGCUCUGUGUUACAUGCAUUGGUAGAGUUUAAGGGACUGGACUCACAAAUUUGUGAGUGGGUAUAUGAUAUGUUGCUCCAGAAAUGCUUUGAAUGAAGAAAAUAAAAUAAAAUAAAACA